CCCCUCCAUCUGCGCCUGCGGGCAGAACCCCUGCUCCCUGUGGCUUCGGGGAAGGGAGCGUGACAGCCUCGGGUGGGCGCUCUGCCUCCCGCCCCCUCCCUCUCCCGCGCCGUCUCGCCGCCUCGAGCCGGGUGAGAGCGGGGACGGGAUGGGCGCCUCGGAGGCCGAACUCCAAGGUCCAUCCGGCGUCCGCAGAAUCGGAAACGCGAGUCGGAAAAUGACAGGUUGAACUGAACAUGAAAAGUACAUGAAGAUUGAUAGAUUAUAUUUCUAAUCUCCUCCCCCCAAAAAAUUUUUUUUUUAAAUCAAUGGGAAUUGUGUGAACAAACCAGCAUUGAAAAGUCAGGAAUGAUGUCAAUGGCUUCAGAAUCUUUGUGCCCAGAAUCAGCUAAGACUCAGUUGAUAAAGGGAAAAAAACAGCAGCAUCACCAACAAGAGAACAGGUCCUCAAAUAGAGAUGGUGAUGGAGAAGAAUCUUAUACAUUUGAAGCCAAUGAAGCUUGGAAAGAUUUUCAUGGUUCACUCCUACGAUUUUAUGAAGAUGGUGAACUUUGUGAUGUGACACUGAAGGUUGGCUCAAAAUUAAUCUCCUGCCACAAACUGGUACUGGCUUGUGUUAUUCCUUACUUCAGAGCCAUGUUUCUUUCUGAAAUGGCUGAAGCUAAGCAGACACUCAUUGAGAUCAGGGAUUUUGAUGGUGAUGCAAUAGAAGACUUGGUGAAGUUUGUCUAUUCUUCCCGGCUCACUUUGACAGUUGACAAUGUCCAGCCUCUCUUAUAUGCAGCCUGUAUUCUACAAGUAGAGCUGGUGGCUAGAGCUUGUUGUGAAUACAUGAAAUUACAUUUUCAUCCUUCUAAUUGCUUGGCGGUUAGAGCUUUUGCAGAGAGUCACAACCGCAUUGACUUAAUGGACAUGGCAGACCGAUAUGCUUGUGAACAUUUUGCUGAAGUGGUAGAAUGUGAAGACUUUGUGAGUGUCUCACCCCAACAUCUCCAUAAGCUUUUGUCCUCAAGUGAUCUAAACAUUGAGAAUGAAAAGCAGGUCUAUUGUGCAGCCAUCAAGUGGCUUCUUGCAAAUCCUCAGCAUCAUGCGAUGUGGUUGGAUGAAAUACUUGCUCAGGUUCGACUACCAUUGUUGCCCGUUGAUUUCCUUAUGGGUGUUGUGGCAAAAGAAGAAAUUGUCAAGCAAAAUCUAAAAUGUAGGGAUUUACUCGAUGAAGCAAGAAAUUACCACCUUCACUUGAGCAGCAGGGCAGUACCUGACUUUGAAUAUUCCAUUCGAACUACUCCAAGGAAGCAGACUGCUGGUGUGCUGUUCUGUGUAGGUGGUCGAGGUGGAUCAGGUGACCCAUUUCGAAGCAUUGAAUGCUAUUCAAUAAACAAAAAUAGUUGGUUCUUUGGACCAGAAAUGAACAGUCGAAGGCGUCAUGUGGGUGUAAUAUCUGUGGGAGGCAAAGUCUAUGCAGUCGGUGGACAUGAUGGAAAUGAACAUUUAGGCAGCAUGGAAGUGUUUGAUCCUCUCACUAAUAAGUGGAUGAUGAAAGCAUCAAUGAACACAAAGAGGCGAGGAAUUGCUUUGGCCUCUCUAGGAGGUCCAAUUUAUGCAAUAGGAGGUUUAGAUGACAAUACAUGCUUCAGUGACGUGGAGAGAUACGACAUUGAAUCUGAUCAGUGGAGUGGAGUGGCACCGAUGAAUACCCCACGAGGUGGGGUUGGUUCAGUAGCUCUAAUAAACUAUGUUUAUGCUGUGGGAGGCAAUGAUGGGCUGGCCUCUUUGUCUAGUGUGGAGAGAUAUGACCCACAUUUGAAUAAGUGGAUAGAAGUUAAAGAGAUGGGUCAGCGAAGAGCAGGCAAUGGUGUUAGUGAGCUUCAUGGCUGCUUAUAUGUUGUAGGUGGAUUUGAUGAUAAUUCUCCUCUUAGUUCAGUUGAACGGUUUGACCCUAGAAACAACAAAUGGGAAUAUGUAGCAGAGCUCACUACUCCUAGGGGUGGUGUAGGUAUUGCUACAGUGAUGGGCAAAAUUUUUGCAGUUGGUGGUCAUAAUGGCAAUGCAUACCUAAACACUGUGGAAGCUUUUGAUCCAGUAGUGAACAGGUGGGAGCUUGUUGGAUCAGUGUCUCACUGCAGGGCAGGAGCAGGUGUAGCUGUGUGUUCCUGUUUAAGUACUCAAAUUCGUGAUGUGGGCCAAGGAUCCAGUAAUGUGGUUGACUGUAUGUGACUUGAAUGCCAGACACCAACAAUUCUGUCUUUCCCAAAAGUAAAGACAGCUAAGCUAAAGUUUUGGCAUGAUCAUCUUGGAACAGACUAUAACUAUAGCUGACUUCUUAUUUACAAUGCUCUAAAUAAGCACAUCUUCAAAUAUGCUUCAUGAAAAAUUAUCAGUGCUAAGGUGAAUGCUGACACUGUCAUUUUGACAAAACUUUAAGCAAUAUCAGAGUUUUGUUCCAAUUUAGUUUCCAGAAAAGAGAUGAUUUUAAAACAAGUGCCAAAACACCUGAAAUCAUGUUUUGUUUUUAGUUUUUUUUUAGUCUUGAGUAAAAGUUAAAGCAGAGUAAUUUGCAGUCCUUUCUUUUUCAGAGUGAGACAAUCUACUGAGUUUUCAGUCUGUGAGUGAGGAGAAAAUUGGAAUACUUUCAGUAUCGAUUUUUUUCUUAAUGAAGGAUCAUCCUUUAUACUAGAAAGGUUUAUUUCACUUUUUUUUUUUUUUUACUGGAUGAUUUAAAUUUCUCAGAUGUUUACAAAUGUAAAACAUGUUUGCACUAUUCUGAGUGCACUAGGCCGCAUUUAAAGAAUGCUUGUAGCAAUGUUGUGCAAAGCUAGUAAAACUCAGUCAGUCAUAUUAAGCUAAAGAUUCAUAUUUCUGAUUUUAAAAUUUGACUGUUUAAUGGAUUUAUUUUACAGUAAAUAAAAAGGGAGCUUAUUCAUUUUUAGGAAAAUAUUUGUCUUAUUUGCUAUCUUAUCCAGUUGGAAAUCUUAGGAAUGAGCCAGGAAUCUUGAUCAGAUGGUGUUGAAAGGCAGAGAAUCAGGAAAACUUUUUUUAUUGUCCUUUUUUGACAGGCUCUGAACUACAGCCCAAGCUUAGUAUUUCCUGUCCAUUGGGCUGCUGGCUGACCUGUCCCUUUCCUGGGCAUAACAUAUGGUUUUAGUUCUUAAGGAAAUUACUUUUUUUUUUUUUUUAAUUAUUUUUUCCCCAACUACAUGUAAAAACAAUUUUUAACAUUUGUUUUUUUAAACUUUUGAGUUCCAGAUUGGUUCCCUAUCUUUCUCCCUUCCCUGAUCAUUGAGAAGGCAAGCAAUUUAAUAUAGAUUAUACAAGGAUAGUCAUGUAAAUCAUAUUUCCAUGGUAAGAAGUGAAAUACUUUUUAAACAAAGUGUCAUCAUUGGCUGUGGUUUGCUAAUAAGUUUAAUCUCUCAUAAAACUAGCACAAGAUAAGUGUUAAUAAAUGUAAAAAGUUUAACCAUUUUCCUGCCAGUUAUAUUUCAUUUGUUUAAGCUCUAGGACAAAGAACUUUCCUGGAUCAUGAACCCAAAUAUUGCUGUGCCUACUGACUUGACAGCUUUUCAUGACAAUAACCAGCAUUGUAAAAUGGCUUAACCAUUGAAUAAUGUGUAUUUAUUUGUUCACAACUAUUUAUUAAAGAUUCUAUUUUCUAUCUACAAGUUAGUAAAGUUAAAUACUGAGUAAUUGAGGGAAGAAAUCCUACCUUUAUUUAAGCAUAGAGGAAAAACUUCCCUGCAUGUUGUUAUGAGGAAUGUUUUAAAACUUUCCUCAUGCUGCUUGAAGCAGCUGCUUCAGCAUUUCAUUGCAAUAGAACACCAAAGAACACCAUUUCCAGUGGCAUAAGAUGAAGAUUAGUUCUCCCCAAAGUCAAAAUCCCCUAGAUUCAAGGAAUUCUUAGUUUUGCUUUGCCCGUGGAGAAAUGACUGGACUCUUCUCAUUGUGGCAAAUUUUGAAAAAAGAAUACUGGGGAUCCCAUGUCCCAUAAGAGAGGAAAGCUAGACUUAAGCUGUUAAUCUCUGUUCAGAGAGCAGUACUUGGGAAGACUCAAAAGACAUUCACAAGCAGGACUUGAAAACAUGUUGACAGACUUGUCUUCAAGCACUGAUGUCAAACUACAGUCUCUCUCUUGCACAUCAGACUGGGUUAUAGACACACUACUUUGGGGGUAAAAUUUAACAUAUGAGGCAAUCAUAAAAACAUUGUCACCACACAGUCCUGUUCUCACUUCAGAUCGUUAUUUAUUAUAUUUUAUGGAUCUGUCACUUUUUUUUUUUAAUUGGAUGUAGUGCUAACCACCUGUCAACUUUUUUUUUUUUCAUGAAAUUAUUAAACCUUGAUUUUAAAUGGUU